AAUUUACUUUAAUAGUGCCAUCGAUGUUUGACAUCUCGACGCUGUUUAUUUCUCUUAAAAAUAAAUUAAUAAAAUUAAAGAAAAAUUACGGUAGUUGCCCAGCUGGAAACUACACAUUAAGCUAAAAUACCAUUUGAUGGUGUAAGAUAUCUGUCGCAAACAGAACUCUGACGGCACACAAAGAUGGAGGUCAAGGAAGUGGUCGUGAUUGUAAAGUGGUCCGGCAAGGAGUACCCGGUUGACCUCACCGACCAGGACACCGUGGAGGUGCUGCGUCACGAGAUCUUCCGCAAGACACAGGUGCGCCCCGAGCGCCAGAAGCUGCUCAACCUGAAGUACAAAGGAAAGACAGCCGCCGACAAUGUGAAGAUCAGCGCCUUGGAGCUGAAGCCCAAUUUCAAGCUGAUGAUGGUGGGCUCCACGGAGGCGGACAUCGAAGAUGCCUGCAGCCUGCCGGAGGACAUUGGCGAAGUGGUCGAUGACUUCGACGACGCCGAGGAGCGCGAGGAAUCCGUCGAGCACUCCGCCGUGUAUUUGGCCAAGGUGCAGCGCCGUGUGCGCGACUACAAGAUCAAGGAGCUGUCACCGCCACGAGAGGGCAAGAAGCUUCUCGUCCUGGACAUCGACUACACGCUCUUUGAUCACCGCUCGCCUGCUGAAACGGGCACGGAGCUAAUGCGUCCGUAUCUGCACGAGUUCCUGGCCUCCGCCUACGAGGACUACGACAUUGUCAUCUGGUCAGCCACCAGUAUGCGCUGGAUUGAGGAGAAGAUGCGCCUGCUGGGCGUGGCCAACAACGAGAACUACAAGGUGAUGUUCUACCUUGACUCCACCGCCAUGAUCUCGGUCCAUGUGCCCGAACGCGGGGUGGUGGAUGUAAAGCCACUCGGUGUGAUAUGGGCCCUGUACAAGCAGUAUAGCUCCAGCAACACCAUCAUGUUCGAUGACAUCCGCCGUAACUUCCUGAUGAACCCCAAGUCCGGCCUGAAGAUCCGUCCCUUCCGUCAGGCCCAUCUCAAUCGCGGCACUGACACUGAGCUGCUCAAGCUGUCGGACUACUUGCGUAAGAUCGCCCACCAUUGCCCGGACUUCAAUUCGCUGAAUCACCGCAAGUGGGAGCACUACCAUCCCAAGAAGAACUCCUGAAAUCUCCAGAAAUUGCACUCGUUUGUAAGAUCCGCAUAGGUUUAUGUUUAUUAAAUUAAGAUGCAUUUUGUACGCAUUGCGUCCCAGCCGAA